UGAAAAAGUCCUGCACGCUUUCAGUUUUAAACUGUAUUUACAUGUUCAAUCAACUUUUCACUCAUAGAAACCACGCAAAAUGAGUACUUUGAUGAAAAAUGUCCCUAGUCGGAUUGAGAUGCAUACUUUUUAUUAAUAUAACCGAAGUCUUUUAAAGGUUUUGAGUGAGUUUAUGAGCUAAAACAAACACACACCUUGAAUUUUCCCCGAGAAUGUUAGGCUCGAAAGAAGCCAAUCAGCAGUGAGCUUUGGCUGACCAAUCAAAAGGCACGGGGGCUCAAUCUUUUGAGCCAAUCAAUGCUGCCAUGCUCUGUGACUAUAAAUAGGCAUGAAAAGCAUGGAGAGAUUUAAUUUGGCUCCGGCUGCGGGCAAAGAUGAAGGCCUUUGCUUUCACCAGUACUGAACAGCGGCAUCGCAUCAUGGCGCUUCAUGAAGAGGGCCACUCCUGUACAGAAAUAGCCAAGAGGGUGAAAUGCCAUCGCACCACAGUGAGCAGAGUGGUGGAGAAAUGCCAAGUGACUGGUUCGGUGGAUGACAGGCUCCGCUCUGGACGGCCAAGGAAGUCGACAAAACGCCAGGAUCGGGCUCUGCGACGCAUUUCGAGGGCUGACCGGAAGCUCACCUCACCUCAGAUUACGAGGAUUUGGGGUGAAACAUGUGACGUCAAAGUGUGCACAAGCACAGUGCGUCGCAGGCUGCUUGCCAGCGGGCGCAAAGGCUGCAGGGCUCGAAGUAAACCUUUGCUCACAGGCGCUCAGCGCUCUCGUCGACAACUCGUAUUGAUGGCUGAGCUGGAAAAGCAGAAACGGAUUCUGGUGACCGGCGGCUCCGGCCUGGUGGGAAAAGCCAUUCAGAAGGUGAUUGCCGACGGGGAACAGCAGCCGGAUGAGAAGUGGAUUUUUGUCUCCUCCAAAGACGCUGAUUUAACGAAUGCCGCGGAGACCGCAGCCCUCUUUGAGAAACACAAGCCCACCCACGUCAUCCACCUGGCGGCCAUUGUCGGGGGGCUCUUCAGGAACCUCAACCACAACCUGGAAUUCUGGAGGAAGAAUAUCCACAUCAACGACAAUGUCUUGCAAGCGGCGUUCGAAUCCGGCGUCCAGAAAGUCGUUUCCUGCCUAUCCACCUGCAUAUUCCCAGACAAGACCACCUACCCUAUUGACGAGACCAUGAUUCACAACGGCCCCCCGCACAGCUCCAACUUCGGGUACGCGUAUGCCAAAAGGAUGAUUGAUGUACAGAACAGGGCAUACUUCGAACAGCACAGCUGCCAGUUCACAGCCGCCAUCCCCACGAAUAUCUUUGGCCCCCACGACAACUUCAGCAUCGACAACGGCCACGUCCUGCCAGGCCUCAUCCACAAAGUGUACCUGGCCAAGAAAAACGGCACCGAUGUCUCCGUCUGGGGGACCGGAAAGCCUCGGAGGCAGUUCAUUUACUCUCUGGACCUGGCCCGGCUCUUCGUUUGGGUGUUAAGGGAGUACAAUGAAAUAGAACCCAUUAUCUUGUCUGUGGGAGAAGAAGAGGAGGUGUCCAUACGAGAAGCCGCUGAAUGCAUCAGGCGAGCCAUGGAUUUCAAGGGGCAACUUCUGUUUGACGAAUCCAAAUCAGAUGGUCAGUUCAAGAAAACGGCCAGCAAUGCCAAGCUGAGGAGAUACCUGCCUGAUUUCCAGUUCACGCCGUUCGAUCAAGCCGUGAAGGAAAUGUGCGACUGGUUCUGCGCCAAUUAUGACAGCGCCCGGAAAUGACCGAAGCCCCCACCCCUCCGCGAUGGCAGCAUCUUAAAGUUAGGGGCGGCGGCUGCACCCUCGUCUCACUCAGCCGUUUAAAGACGGACGUCGUGUACUUAAGCGAGCCCCUUCAAUGACCGCCAGCGAGAGGAAGCCAAUCCAGCGAGCAAAUUUUCAUUCUGCGCAAAAUUGCCGUGUCAGUGAAACUCUUCUCCUAGAAGUCCUCAACUUACAACCAUAUAUUUAGUGACCGUCCAAAGCCAGGGGUGGAUUGACCCGGGCACUACUACCCGGUUCGGUGCGCGUAUGCGCAUUUGGACAAAAAUAGGUCUGUGCUUGCACAAAAUGUUAAAAAAAGGAAAUAAAUUAAAUGUGUGCAGUUA